AUGGCACCAACCGACCGAGCUCAGCAAGCUCUUGGCCAAAGGGCAAAAUGUCGCGCUUCAACCCUACCGUUGCACGCUGCCCUUGACACCAGUCCAUUUCCCCAGCUCCUUUGCGCCAUCGUACAAUCAUGCAGCAUCAGCAAAUUGGUGAUUGGUGCUGCCGGUGCAAUACGAAAUCUUCUGUUUGCAAAUAACACUUGUGGUUGGUGCAGACCUUCGGGAGGCGUUGAAGUGGAGAUGGUUAUCACCUCUAUUUUCAGCCUUCUGGUCUUGGAUGUUGAGUCGUGGAUUUGGCGCGUUGUGACAGGCUGA